AUGCCGCAUCGCCAGGAGAUGGGCGCGCUUGCCCUCUAUUCGAAUGGGGAUGGCAAACGUUCCGUGGCUAACGUAGCAGUCACCUGUCGCUCAGUGCAUGUCCCAGCAAUGUCUGUCCUCUGGGAGACAAUGUCGGGUCUUGCGCCGCUCAUCUGCACACUGCCUCCCGAUCAUGUCGACGAGUAUGAAGAAGUACCUGAGAAUCAUGAGAGUACCACCAUCAUUGGUGUCAGUGGACAUCGGCUAGAUUCUAAUGCUCGUCUAGCACUGAAAGCCCGACGUCUGGAUCAUCAUGGGAGAUUCAUCAAGCAUGUCACUAUCCACAAUGAGGACGCCUACUACGCUACCUUGCAUGAUCUAUCUAUCCACAAGGUCUCAGGAUACCGCCUGCUACCAGAAGUGCGCACUCUCAACCUUCAUCUUGAUGCUGUGGGUGGACCAGAAGGCAUAUACAUGCUCCUCGGGCCUCAAGUAGAUACCAUAUACAUAUUUGCCAUCUGUCGCAAUCUACGGACACUGAAGGUCGACUUCGACGACUGCGAUGAAGAGGGAAUAGACUCGAUGGAGAGGCUGCUACGGGUCAUCAGCGGCACAGUUCGCGAUUUCUGCUCGACCAUCCUCGUUGACCACCUCGCUGUGCCGACAUUGCGUCACUUCAGGAACUUUCAGCAUCUGGCAGACACUUUCUCCUUGCCCUCACUGCGUUCCUUUGAGAUCAUAACACACUGCACCUUUCUGGGCAUGGCGCCGUUUUUGCGACACCUACAGGCGGAGCACCUUCAUACGCUGGCUAUCUUCCCCUUGAUCUCACAAAACGCGGACUUCGUUAUCGACGUGUGCAUUUUAGGAGGAACCUUCAACUGUCGCUAUGCAUCCUCGCCAAUUCGCCUAUGA